AAAUGGCAUUCCCAUCCUUCCCCAACCUUAAAAUGGAAUCAAACUUACUUUUUAAAAGAUCUUAAUUUUAUAGAUAAAGAAUUUAAAAAAAAUCAUCUAAGAUAACUUAAAUAUCCUGAAGAAAACUUUAAAGAAAGUCCAUGUAUUUAGAUGCUUUCCCUGUGCUGUAAAAUCUGUAUGUUAAUGUAUGUUUACAGCUGAUGUGUUAUGUUCUAUUGACAUAUUGUUGUUAUUGUAAGUCAUUUAUUUGCAAUGCUUAUGUAACUGUUUUUCAUCUUCUUGUAUUAAAAAAUAAAUAAAUAAAUAAAUAAAUAAAUGUAAACGUAAUGAAUAAUGCUCCAUACUCCAUCUCAUUAGGUAACGGAAAUGCACAAUAUGUUCUUCUUCUUUUUGUUUUAAUGACGGUUGGCAAACCAGUUAAAGGUGCAUUACCGCCACCUACUGGACUGGAGUGUGGGCAGUAGAUUGGCAGAAAAAAAUAAAAAUAAAAUGGAAAAACAUAAAAAAAAAUAAAUAAAAUCAAAAUAUAAUGAGAUUAAUAACUAUAUUCUAGAUAUUCCUACUAGAUUACUAAAGUCUCUCACUUAUCCCAGUAUUUUUAGAUAGUUUAUUAGGGGGCGGUGCAUUUUCCCAUAUGUUUUCCCCAGCAAGUUGUCUAGUGUCAUGUUUUGUUUUCCAGUCUGCAUGCACAAUAGGUUUGUUUGCCAACUGUCACAAAACCGGAAGUAGUUGAACAAGCAGAAGAAGAAUUGUAGUGCUCCACUGCCCACAGUACAGUCCAGUAGGUGGCGGUAAUGCACCUUUAGUGGUUUUCCAACCGCCAUUGAAACAAGAAGAAGAAGAAUAAUUGUAGUGCUUGGCGCCAUGUCAUGGAGACGCUGUGUGUUUGGAUGCAAAAACAAAACCCCUUUGUUCGGCUUUCCGAAAACGGACGGAAUUAGGAAUCAGUGGUUGAAAUUUCUUUACAACGCUGUUCCUGAUCAGUACAACCCCAAAGUGUGUGUGUGCACAGAGCAUUUCACAGAGGACAGCUUUCUGAACCUGGGGAAAUACAAGGCAGGUUAUGUACGAAGGUUACUCCUGAAACAUGGAGCAGUCCCCAGUUUGCUCGGACAGGCUUUCAUUUCUGACUCAGAACCUACGUCUCCUAAAAGAGAAAGUUCACCUACUCCAGUCACAACAUGUUCUGAGGUGGAGAAGAGCUCAUGGCUUGAAGUCACGCAGGACUGCCAGAGUUGUGGCCACGACAGCGGUUUGAAGAGUCACCCAGCCUCAGCCGAACCUGCGCAGACGUUCAUUAAUGGGUCAGAACAUACACUGAAGUGUGAAGAUGAUAAGGAGGUUGUGGUUCAGAUCGUGUCGUCAGAUAACGAGUGCAGUGAGCAGGUGUUUAUCGAAGAGGACGGGUCAUAUUUAUCUAGUGAUGAUGAAGAAGCAAGUCUGCAGGAAGAGGAAGUGAAAAAGAAACGAAAGAGGAAGUCUAAAAGUAAAGACAGUUCAGAUGAGUGGGAGCCAGGUUUAGAUGAAGAGGCCACAGACUCCGAUGUGUCCAAUGAGGAAGCUUUAAAGGAGGACGGUCAGGGUAACCUUGUGGUGUGGUGUACACCAUGUGGGACCGAGGCCUCGCUCUCCUGUUCUGUUCACGGACACAAAAAGGUGUUCUGCUGCGCUCGGUGCGGUGCAGGUGACGACAUUCAAACACGUAAUAUUGAAACACUUCCUGUUCGGUUUGAUGACGUCGCCGGGUUUCAGAAACAUGCUGAACAGGAGCACGGAGCCAAACCUUUCUAUACACUGUGUCAGGACUGUGGCAAGUUUUUUACAGCAAAAAAAGAGCAUGUAUGUGAACAUAAAAUCAAAUUCAUCGUCUGUCCAGAGUGCGGGAAAAGGUUCCUCUCCGAGGCCGGCUUAAAGUUGCACCACACUCAGCUCCAUUCGGAUUAUGAUCACCCGUGUAAAUACUGUCUGAAGGUCUUCAAAACCAAGUCUGCAAAACUGGAACACGAGCAGACUCAUCCUAAAGAAAGUCAACCAUACCGCUGUCCAGAUUGUCCAAAAAGGUUUUCCAACAUUCAUAAACGUAACAGACAUGUCCGGUCCCAUAGAGGUUCGCAAAAAAAUGUGUGUGAUGUAUGUAAGAAGAGCUUUAAGGAUGCGUACAGGCUGAAGAGGCAUAAGCUCAUCCACUCUGGAGAACAGCCUUUCAAAUGCCAAGUGUGUGAGCGUUCCUUCAACCAGAUGGUAAACCUCACUUCCCACAUGCGGGUCCACACUGGAGAGAAACCUUUCACGUGUGAGCAAUGCGGGGAGUCGUUCAGUCACAACGUCAGCCUGAGGAACCACAAGCAACGACACCAUGACUCAGGAGGACAAAGCGAUGAAUGACUUGGAGCAGGAUGUCCCCAAGAAAAUGCAGGGCCACUAGAUCUCCUCUUUUGUUUCAUUUCACUAGAAAUAUCGAACCCAGUGUAGGAUAAACGGUAUGGUAAAUGGCUGGAUGGAUAACCAGACCCUCUGAUUCACUGUAUCACACCACCACCAUGUCGUUCUUUACCUUUAACAACACAGCACUUCCUCUAGACUGGUUCAGUCCAAGGAAUAUUCUUAUGUUUGUUUGUUUGUUUUAGGUAUUUGUGUUAAAUACAGUAUAUGUAUGUUGCUGAUUUAAAAACACGGUCUAAAUAUUCAACAGUUCAAAUUCAUAAUGAAUAGUUAUUAAAGCCUAUUAAGGUACUGUGUAUAUUUACUGCAUACAUAAGCUACUUUUUCAGGAAUACUCUUGGAUAUGGCAGGCUUUUGAAGCUCACCUCCAGCAGCCUUUUUUCCAGUCGUCAUGCUCCUGUAGUCAAACACCAGAAUGACGCUCCGUGUUAUUUAUUCACCAGGUGGAAAAUCGAAAUGUGCAUUUUGGUCAUUUUAUGGUUUAGGUUCUUGACAGACAUAAUGAUGACGUUCUUUUAAUUGAAGCCCGCAUUGAAAAACCUGUCUUCGAGCACUCUUCUGCUGUUAUUUUUAUAAUUCAGACUGUGCUGUCUCUCAUUUUCCUGCACAAUAAACACAAAUUACAGAAUUAUUUCUGGGGAAAAAAAAAUCAUUUUUGUUGCUUGUUGCAGUUGAAUGUGUUUGAGGGAGUUUGAGGAAAAACCCAGUAAACUUGUGGCAAAUUUAUGAAAGAAAACGGAGAAAAUGUCUUGAAAACAAUCGGAGCUCACGCCUGAAUGUGUAGCAGAUUUGCAACAAACUUAUGUAUUAACAUAAAUACAUCCAUUUUUCCACUACCAAGGUAGGGACAAGAUUUAAAAUCCCUCAGUGUUGUUUUUCCAGCUUCUUAAUUAUAGCUCCAGCGCACAAAGCGAGCUCCAGGCAUGGAUGAAUGCUUUGCCAAAGCUGGAUUGGAAGACCUCGAGUAUCCUGCACAGAGCCCUGACCUCUCAACCCGACUCAACGACUCUGGGAUGAACUGAAACUCCCCUGACAUCAGUAAUACUGAAAUCCCUACAGCCAUGCUCCAAA